AAAGCAAGCUAGCGACGAGAGUCGCCUCCGGAUGGAAUUGAGACAAGCCUCCAAAAACGUAAUGAUGGCAAGGUAAUCMAAUAUCAAAGAUGUUUGAUUCACGUCGUACUUAGGAACUCGUGUCAUUAAUGCGUCAAAAGUAUCUCAGGACAAUUGUGUAUAAUUUUUUCAUUCCUUUCUAGAGAGGAGGUUAAUGCGGCAGAAAUGAAAGCAGCGGAUAUGGUAAAAAAGGUGCAAGAACUGGAUAAAAUCGUUCACAAAACGAAAUGCGUGUCAGCACUUUUGUUGAAGGAACAGGAAGAAAGAGGCGCCGGGGCUGAAAGAAUGGAACGCGAAUUGGUACAAGCGCACGCCGAUUUGGCCCGUUCGAACGCUACCAAACAGAAGAUGGAACAGGAACAACGAAAAUUGAACCAACGCAUUCGACGAAUGAAAGACCGUAUUAAUGAAUUACAAGAUGAUCUUGAGAACGAACAGAGUGGAAAGAUUGCCAUGAAAAGAAAAUUCAUGGAACUUGAAGCAACCAUUGAGAUCCAACAGGUUCGAUCCAACAAACUACAAGACGAGCUGAAUUCUUCCCAGGCUCUUUUGGUUGAUUCCACCUCGGCUACAGCCGAGUCGAGACUUGCACUCGAUAACUGCCAGCAGGCAUCGGAUCGCAUGUAAGUUUUGUCGAGAAUAUAUCCUUUUUUAUCUGAAUCUUUUCAUCUCUUACAGAACUUUCAACUAAUUCAUACUCAUAUUCAUCAUUGACGCAGGGCGGAGGCAAAUCAGCAUCUUCAUCGGCAACUGCUCGAACACCAAGUAUUCUUGCACAAGCAAAAGGUAUUACAUCAAGAAGAGCUGGCCCGCGCCCAUAAAGACCGUCAGGAUAAACAGCUAGUUCUUGACACGCAAAAUGAACUAUUUGAAAAACUCAGGAUGGAGAAACUUACGGUAGAGAAGCGGCAAGAAUCUCAAGCGGCAAAAAUCUCUUCGUUGGAACGACGACUGAAACUGUCGACAAAUCUGAUGGAAAAAACUGUGACCUUCCCUUCCACCCCUCAAAAUUCAAAUACAAUUAGUAGUCUCCUGAAAACCAAUGCCGGCGCAUCCACUAGUAAUGUCAGUGGUAGAGAUGAAAACAAUCAUCACCCGUCACCUGGUGUAGGUAUUGACUUUACUAUUCCUCGCCUUGGUGGCGAAAAGAGAAACUUGGCAAUUAUUUCUACGGGGAAGAAAUGUUCUAUUUGCUUUAAGGAUUCCGGUGGAUUAAUGAAAAAAUGCGAAUGCAGUCGUAGAGAUUGCAAAAUUCGAGCUCAUGCUUCAUGCGUCCAACACUUUUUGAUGGGCUCUGCUUCUUCGUGUAAGUCCAACCCUGUGUGCAUGCCAGUGAUCUUGUGCUGUCCAUCAAGCAACAAAACAUCAUCGUCUAGUACUAGCGAGGGAUUCAAUAUGCAUCAUUCCAUCACCAUCUCUCCGCGCUGAGUUGCAAUCAGCAAUUCGAUCACAAAUGAGGAAUGUUGUUGUCAUUUGAAAUUGAGAUGGUUGUUGUUGAACCAACAUCCUUCCUUGUCACAACAUAGUAUUUUCUUCUACAGUAUCCUCAUACUACUAGCACUCUACUACUACAAAUAUGAUGACAGUUGAUCACUGUUCUAAUCCUGUGUAUUGCAACAUUAACUUAACUUAAUUUAACA